AUGGCGUCCGCUCGGACACCCUAUGUCUGCCUCAACUGCAGGUUGACGGGUCCUCUUCUUCGCCGGCCCUUUUCCGUCUCUGCCCGUCGCCGCGAUACUCUUCGACCCGCGACCGCUCCGAAGCCCACUCCCGACGUCAAGCACAUUCGCCAGAAUGCCGAGCUUUACUCUAAGAAUUCCGUCGAACGGAACUAUCCCUCGCAUGCGGAUUUUCCCUUCCAGAUCCAGCGACUGUCUGAGGAGACUCGCCAGCUAGAUAAUGACCUCAAAACACCCCGAUCCCGCGUCAAGCAGCUCGAGAAGGCCAUUGCGCAACUCGCGCGUCAGGAAGGGAAAACCGAUGACAACGAGAAAGAACUGGCGGCUCUCCGGUCAGAGGCUCAGCAACUGAAAGACCAGUCACAGGCCAUGACCACUCGCAAAACCGCCUGCUCCGACGAAAUCAAUCGCUUGGCUUUAUCCCUCCCCAACCUCUCCUCCGCUGACACCCCCGUCGGCCACGAUGCUCAACUCGUCGAGUACAUCAACUUCGACCCUCAAUCGCCGCCGUCGUGGGUCACCCACCCAAACCCCAGCACUCGCUCGCACGUCGCUAUCGGUACCUCCCUCGGCCUCCUCGACUUCACCAGCUCCGCCACCACCACCGGCUGGGGCUGGUACUUCCUCACCAACGAGGGUGCGCUGCUCGAACAGGCCCUGAUUCAAUACGCCCUCAGCGUCGCCCGCGCGCACGGCUGGAAGCCCGUCUCCCCACCCUCCAUCGUCUACUCCUACAUCGCCGAGGCCUGCGGCUUCCAGCCGCGCGACCAACACAACGAGCAACAGAUCUGGUCCAUCGCGCAGUCCGGCAAGGACAAAUCGAAACCCACGCGCUCCCUCGCUGCUACCGCCGAAAUCCCGCUCGCCGCCAUGUACGCCGGCCGCGAUAUCGACGCCGCCGACCUUCCCGUCAAACUCGUCGGUCCUAGCCGCUGCUACCGCGCCGAGGCCGGCUCCCGCGGCGUGGACACGAAGGGUUUGUACCGCGUGCACGAAUUCACCAAAGUCGAAAUGUUCGGCUGGGCCGAUACCUCGUCUUCGUCUCCCUCCACCACCCCUACCUCAGACGACCUCUUCCACGAGCUCCUCGCCAUCCAAACCCAAAUCCUCACCUCCCUCGGUCUCCCCUGCCGCGUCCUCGAAAUGCCCACCACCGACCUCGGCGCCAGCGCCAGCCGCAAACGCGACAUCGAAGCCCUCUUCCCGUCCCGUCUGCGCGCCUCGCCGUCGGAUCCCGCCUCCGCGCUCGAAUCCGCCUGGGGCGAGGUCACCUCCGCGUCUAUCUGCACGGACUACCAGAGCCGACGACUCGGGACGCGCGCCCGCGGCGGUAAAGUCAAGGAGUCGCGGUUCCCGCAUACGGUGAAUGGCACGGCCAUGGCGGUGCCGAGGGUGUUGGCUGCUAUCUUGGAGAAUGGGUGGGAUGAGGAGCGUAAGGUUGUGGUUGUGCCGGAGAUGUUGAGGAAUUAUAUGGGUGGGUUGGAGGUGAUUGGGGAGCAGAAGUAA